ACAUGAAGGAAUAGACAGUUGUCUCAAGAUAAAAUAAAACUACAUUGUCUAUGUAUAACCUAAAUUUAAAUCUCCUAACAUUUCGGCAAACGGAGUAAACUUUUUAUUUUUUUAUUAAAAUGUCGUUGAUAGCAAAUUAUCUAACAAGGACUAGUGUGUAUUCAAAUUUGCGUCUAAUAUUACCAAGUAGGACUAUAUAUGUUACCCAAGUUACAAACCUCUAUUCGCCUCAUGCGUUGGGCAUCGAUGGCUUUUUGCAAACAAGGAAAAAGGCCAAGGAACAGUUUACGAAUUAUUCUGAAAAGUUUAGAUCUAAGAUGAAUGAAUUCGUCAGCAGCAAAGACACUAUGAUAUUUACAGAAGACUUAAAAAAUAUGUUACAUUUGGCAGAGCCUACUGACUUAAAUCUAAUUUUGAAUAUGAUCAAAAAGUUUAAUUCUCAAAAUAGUGAGCUGAGAUUUGGUUCAUAUGUGUUUGGACCAGUUGUGAUGAGAAUGUUCCAUUUCUUGGAUGCACCCAAAGAGGCUUUAGAGUGCUUCUAUGACCCAAAAAACGAUGGUUUCUUUGACCAGCUUGUGUCAUACCACAUUCUUUUAGAUUUGCUCUACAGUCAUGAAAUGUACGAUGAAAUGUACAAAGUUUUUGAAAGGGCUCAGAACAAACAAAUAAACAUGACAAAGUUCCCUAAAUACUGUGUGGUAAUGGUACUGGCAGCAUGUUAUAAACAAAACACACCAAAGAGUUUGGAGUAUGCUUCAAAGCUAUGGUCAGAUAUGGCCAGUGCUGGUACGGUGCCAGUUAGAAGAGCAUGCACAUUUUUCGCUGCAUUGGCUUUGAAACAAGGAGCGCCACACAUAGCCAUGGAAUCAAUAUCGUCCCAAAGACAACAUUACGUAACUAUUAGGAACAUUAAGGUAAUGGCGCUCGCAGAUAUGGGCAGAGUAGAAGAUACACUACCAAUAUUGAGAUCAGUCUUAGACAUUGACAGCCCAACGCAGAGGGAUAAACACACAUUCUUUGAAGAAACUAUGGAUAGAGUACAACAAGCAGCAGAAAAGGGUGCAAAUAAAGACGUGCUGAAGCAAUUUGAAGACAUCAGAAAAGCUUUGAAGGAUAGAGGCCUUAUUGACGGUAGCAAGACCAUUGAUCUGCUGCUGAACACUGAGAUAGAGAAACCACAGCCCGGACAGUUACCUGGUGGUCAACAACAGUUUCAGUACAAGAGAGUGCAACUCGGACCUCGCAAGAAACGAAUUGUCUAGUAUUUACAGUAAUUAAGUGUCCAUUUUCACUGACAUUCCCUUUAACAUCGACUACUUAAAGAGUUUUAGCUAAAUACAACCUGCAAUUUGCAUACCAUUUAUUUUUUUUUUAAUUUUUUUUUUAUUUGUUCUUCUAUUACAGGCAACUAGGCCCAUAGAAAAUUCAAUACAUAAAUAAAUGACAGUACAAUACUUAUAAAGGAAGUUGAUGGCCUUCCUCCAUAGGUAAAUGGGCUAUCUAGCACUAAAAUAAUUAUUUUAAUAGGGCCAGUACAUCCUACAAUACACGGAAGCAUUAAAGAACCUUGAAAUUGAUAUCCUUAAAUCCUAGUUUUUUAGACACCUAAAGUUUAGGUACUAACUGAAAAGACUUAGGGGAUGUCUUUGAAAAUGGGCAUGAGUUAAUCUAAAACAAAAAGUAGCUUGUUAUUAGUCAAAUUAUUGGUUUGUUUUGUACAUAUUUAGAUGUUUUACAAUUGUAUGAAUGAAUUGCCAUGUGUAAAAAUCUAUGGUCUUACUAUGAACUUUGUUGCCUUAAAAGUUAAUCGGUACGCUUUUCUCAUGGAGUAUCGGCUUUUAAGCUGUCAAUCAUCAUAAUGAUUUUUUUCUGAGUUAAUGGGUUACAUAAUCUACCUUAUGCCUAUACAUAUUGUAAAUGAAUAAAAUCUUCGACUAUUUUCGUAGUUUUAUGAUUUUGUAAAAUAGGUACAUGUUUGGUAGUAAGGUUAAAAAGAGAUCAACCAUGAAACCUGAAAGUUUUGUUUAUGAUCCAAUUUUAUCAAAAAUUCUGUAGCAAUAAGAGUUCAUCGUAAGUUCUCAGAUUUAUGUGUAUAAAAAGUAACUUUAUAUUUUGUUAACCUGGAUGUUUGUUGUGUCCAUGCCGAAGAAACGAUAAAUUAAAAGUUGGCAAAAAAGU